AUGUUGUCCAGCAACUCAAGUGCAAAUAACAGGGUUAGGAGGUCGAAGUCCUCAGCUUCAGUACAGAACCGUCGACUGGCUGCCUCGGAUGUUUUCAAUUCUGAGCUGGCACAGCUGCAGGCUUUGGCAGCAGCAUCUUUAGCUAUGCGGCGUCACGAUAACCGCCCUUCUUCCAGCCUGUCAAGCUCCAAGAAGCAGUGUGAUCACUCGUCCAGCAUAGAUGGUGGCUAUCAACAGUCCCUUUCUCGAUUCAGUGAUACAAGGAAUGAGAGUGAAAGCUAUUGCCGCGCGGCUGUCACUGAGCCAACAACGCUUCCACAAACAACUGAAGAUUCCGGGACGAUGGACCAGAAUAGGCCAAACCCCAGCUUAGUGUCGCCGCGACCGUCAUCCUACAGGAGGCUUCGAAAAUCAAAAUCGAUGUUUACUAGUUCCCAUGAGUCGGAACACUCACCUCACAGGUCCAAUAAUAAUCGAAGUACAAGCUCGGGCACAAGCCGUCUAUCCCGCCGUACUCUUCGGAGAUCUUUGUCUCUUUUUAGGGGGGAUAGCGAGUCAAAGUCUCCUCAAGCGAACCGUGCAAAGGCCAAUACCCUACCAAUCGAACUCGCUCGAGAACAAUUUGAAAGAUCUAUGGAGCAAAAGCGGGUAGCUAAUGGGUUAGAGUCAGCUGUUACCCAUAGGCCCCGGCAGGAUCCAAAGCCAUUCAAAAAAUCUAUGAGGUCAAACGGAGCGGAUGGUGGGUCGACUCCCUCGAGAUAUACAUCUACUGGCAUUCACUGUGGGUCUAAGGGACGUUUUUUCUCCUUUUCCAUCAAGAAUAGCAUCCGUCGGAUUUUCGGGAGGCGGCCAUCAGGUACCCAAGGAGAAUCACUAGAGCAGCGCGGCACCCAGCGCGAUCAUGACUCUUCCGAUGUAGGGUCCUCUGAAGACUCUUAUAUUGAUGACUCUUCCGACUACGCAAAAUAUCGCGAGCAAUUGAUGUCGCAAAACGCUGCGAAUGCAGCCCCAAGCGUUCGGUCUAUGAAAAGUAGUUCAAGUAUGGCCACUUUCAACUCUCGUGUUACAAGCUGGACGGACUCGACAGCUGGUAAUACAUUAACUAUGAAGCAGUUUCCUCCUUUAACUCGACAGGGCUUGGAUAUCAUUCGCGAAGAUAGUGAUAUGUACACGCCUACUCCAUCGCCGGGUCGCCACCAUCAUGAUGGGUACUCUAUUUUCCGGCAGCCUCGUGACAAUACAGUUGAUAUUGAUAGCCAAAGGAUAUUUUCUGCCCUCAUGCGGAACAUUGAUGAGACUAAGAAUAGCAGACAGGCUAACCAAGCUUCACGAGCCAGGUCAAAAGCCAGGUCAACCCGUGUUCCAUCCGUGAAUGAUUCUCCGCUGACUAUUAGAGCCGUCAAACAAUCACCACGAGCGCCCUCCGUAAGGCACUCAAGGUCUACGUCUAAAGCGUCUCAGAGUUCCCGAAGCCUCUUCUCAGUGAGAUCAAGCCACACUGUUAAACUAACCCCACAGGAGAUUGCUCGCAAAAACGAGAUGAUUUCUAAGAAGCGAUCAGACCAGACAAUUCGCAGCUUAGAUCUAAACAUUGUAUCGGGCUCGGCUCUUGUCCAAAACAAGUCUGCAGAUGAAUGGCAAAAGGAGCAAUCAGAAUGUCAGGAUGAUACUGGGAGCGUGAUUAUAAGUAGACAUCCUAGGGACGGAGACACUCCACUAUCACCGAGUGUCUAUUCUAGAACAACAGAAGUGCGGUCCCCAUACGGCUUGGAUCUUGACACUUCAGACUCUGAUGGGGAAGAACCGGGUACUGCCACAAUAAUUGACAGCCGGCGUCUACCGUAUCCUCCUAGGCGUGCCAGUCAGGCUACGAGAGGAGCCAGCAGUGACUGGAAAACAUGGAUGAACUCUCAAAUGGACUUGAUUGAUGCUGCUGCUCGCUCAGCAAGUCUAGCAAACCCAGAGUACACCUUCCAUGGACAUUACCGAGAGGAUACCCAGAUUAAUGAACCAAGCCCCGAGGAGCUCCAGUAUUCUUUGCUGGCUCGUAAUACGCAAGCAUCCCACGAAGUAAUAAAUUUCAACAGCACUACCAAGGCGAAGUCUACUAAUGGUGAAUCCAAGGAAAAUAUAGCAGAAGCACUCCCUAUACCAAGCAGUAAUUUCUCACGCCCAUUACGUAGUUCGCCAAAUGGCAAACUAUCAGCAUGCAGCACGGUAAUACGAAAACCAUCUAUAACGACCUCCACGACCCAUCAGUCGUUUACUCCAUUGAUAUGUGAUAGCGAAAUGACUCCAUCACCACUAUCUGUUCGGGCUAGGAGUAUUUCGAGAACACCAACAACUGCCUCUGUUCCUUCCCUCCUGUAUAAUAAAACACGCCCGGCCGGAGACAAUGGUCUCCAGGAGGACUCCUCCCUCUUAAGUGGUAAUCAGUCUCCUCGAGGUCGAUAUGAGCAAUCAAUAUCCCCUAUAUGCCCGGGCGAUAGUAAAAAUCUACUUCAGGAAAUCCAGUUCAACUCCGUGCGUCCUAGGCGUGAACGGACGAAGGGUACUAAAGAAAAUAAAUGGGACUCUGCGUCGUACCGCCAAAGUGAGCGCCCGAAUUAUGCCUCAAAGCUCAAUGGCCUCCAUAGUACGAUUAGCACAAAGCGGAUGGUGGAUAUCUUUUUAAGCGAGCGAAGCCAGCCUCCAAGGAGAAAUGCUGACGAUGGAACCCCUGAGCCCGCAUUUUUAUAA